AGUUAUCGAGAAUGUACCAGUCACCUGAGAAAGUACAGAUGAAGUUGCUUAGUUGAUAUAUAUUGAUUAUUACUGCGCAUGACCGUAUUAAGAUAAGUUUGGUUGUAUGCAAGACAUUUCUAUGCAAUAUUCAUUGUGAAUCGGUAAGUGCAUGCAGUCCAAAAUGCCUGACUGCUGUGCCGCAGCGAACUGUAACCAGAAAACCGACCACUCCAACAUUGCCUUCUUUAGCUUUCCGCGAGACCAUGAUCGGUGUAAACAAUGGCUGCUGAACUGUCGCAGACCAGACCUUGCAAACAAAACCCCUGAAGAGUUACACAGCAACUACAGACUCUGUGCUAAACAUUUUGACCCUUCCUUGAUAUGCAAGCAUAACACCUUAAAUUCUGUUCUGAAGGAGGGAGCUGUACCGACAAUAUUUGACUUUGCAACUUCCCAGGAAAAUCCUCAGAGCAGUGCAAGAAAAAGAUCAGGAGAUCAAGCGAAGGAGGAAGUCAUUGAUCCCAAGAAAAAGAAAGGUGAUCAGAAUUCCUCAGAAGUAAAGAGGGAACUUAAAGAGGAGGCAGAAGACAACAUUGUAUUAUGUGAGCCUCUGCAUGAUGAUUCAGAGAAGGAAGAUACCAACAACUCCAAAGCCAAGGAGAUACUGAAGCUGUACUUCAAAGAAACCUUGGCUUUCACUGGCUUUAGUAUUGGCAACAAUGCAGCUCUCAGUGCUUCUAAACCAAUGGGGGUUGGCCCUGCUAGCCAGCUUUCUCUCAACCCUGUGUGUGCUGAGAAGAUAGACCAAAAGGAAGUGCUCAGGUUCAGUGAAGAUCUCAUGCGCGAGGAGAUCCGUAAUAGCUUACGUCACGCGCGUUUUUUCUCCAUUCUGAUCCAAGAUGUGACGAACAUCGAGGGUAAGGACCAGAUCCCUGUGUUCGUACGCUCAGUCACUGCCGCUGGUUUCCCUCAAAAGCACCUGCUAGGCUUCCUCCCCUGUGACGUUGACUCAGAGAGUCUGUUCUUCAUGUUGCUGUCUGAGAUUCGAAACAAAUGGGGGCUACGGAUGGAACACUGUCGUGGGCUGACUUACUUGACAACAGGAAGUAUCUGCCAGAGAAUGAAGGACCUGUCUAGCAGGAUACUUCGAGAGUUUCCACAGGUAGUGCUAGCUCCUAGUGACCCGUACGCUUUUAAUAUGUGGCUCAUUCGUUCCAUGCCCAUGCUGACCAUCCAGAAUGUGGUUAAUACUGUGGAAGAGGUGGCUGCUGUUUUAAGGCGCUCUACGGCAUUGUGGAAGAAACUCGAAGGCAAGAUAAUGGUCUUUUAUGGUCACAUAAAAGGUGAAGUUGAAAGAGUGAAAGAAUCAUGCCAAAAUCUUUGGGAAUACGGCACAGACGCCUUUCAGGUCAUGCUGGACAUUUUGGAGCCACUGCUGAGUUGCAUUGGAGAAAUGAGCACAAGUGCUGAGUCAGACGUGGACCGUGACACGGUUGCACAGCUGGUCAGUCUCAAAGACAAGCUGAAGGAUUUCAACUUUAUCAUCACUUUAGUGGUGCUGAAGAACACGUUGUGUUGUGUCAGCAUCCUUAACCCCAGCCUAAGGGGAACUAUCAGCAUCAGCAGUACUUUACAGUACACUAUCUCCAAUGCUCUGAAGCUUCUGAACAAACACCUGCAGGAGAUUGCCAUAUUCCACAGGAAGUGGUUUUCUGAUGCCAUAGGCAGAGCAAAGAAACUUGGUGUUACGGUCACUCUACCGGUUGACUUGUCUGCAAAUGGUAACAGCACCGCAGAGUCCCAUACGUUACCAGAGGAUCAUUUCAGAGAGACACUUAGUAAGAAGGUUUUACAGUACCUUGUGGAGGAGGUCAAAAGAGUCUUGGGCAACGAAAUGGUGAGGCUACUUCGGUGGUUGUCGUUGGUGCCGUCGUACAUGGCCGAUCACAAUUUCAGCAUCCGUAAAGAUAAAGUAGCCGAUGCGAAUCUGAACAACUUGGCCCGACCCGACUCCUUUUACGAUGAACUGGGUUGCUGGGAAGUGAAAUGGAGACAUGCGAGUAAGCGUCGGAUCCUGCCCACCACUGUAUUCGCUACCCUCAAAAUCCCAGACAUUGGUUUCUACCCCAAUGUGCAGAGCCUCCUGAGAGUGCUGGGAACCAUUCCUUGUGUGAAUGCGGAGGCAGAUGUUUACGGGCAGUAUGACAUGGUGCUUGACCGAUAUCACACCUACAUGAAAGAGACGCCAGGAGAACAGAGACUGUGCAACAUGGCUUUUGUCUAUGUUAAUCAAGAUGUCCACAUUAACAUAGAAGAGAUGGUUGAGACAUAUUUGGAAAAACAUCCAGACAUAUUACAGUUGUUGCAUCAGAAUGAAGAUGCAAUGGAAAUCCAACCUCCAGUCUCUGACAACAAUGAGAAUUAUGCUUCAAAAGAGGAAGUGGAUGAAGCUCCAUUAAUGACCUUGGAGAUGGAGAUUGAAAGACAGACCCACCCCGAAUGCGCAGAGACAGAUAAAGAGUCAUUGAAAUCAGCCUUGAAGGCUGCUGUUACUGCAGCCUUUAUCAAUCAAAACAGACAAUGUGGGGAUGAACAGGAAACAGAAGUAGAGUAUGUGACCAAAUCUGAAAUGAAAGAAGUCCUGAAAGUAUGCGAGGACACUGUGAGGGAAAGAAUCCUUUCAGAGGUCGGAAAUUCUUUUUUCUCCUUGUUCAUUGAUCGAGUUGUCAGGUUCGGAGAGGUGGACUAUCUCCCCCUGUUCCUUAGGUUUGUGGACAGCUUUGAUGUUAUGAGGUUGGAGCUGAUGGGUUUUGUGGAUGUAAAUCUUGAUUGUGAGGGCAUGUCUGAGCGACUUUUUGACAUUGUCACCAAAGAAUGGCGGCUGGAUUUGAAGUACUGUAGGGGUCAGGCUUACCUUGGAUCUGGAGAAGUAUCCUACAAACUGAAAGCUUUUGCAUGCAAAGUUCAAGAGAAACACCCUCUGGCAAUUUGUACACACUGCUCUUGUUACUCUUUUAAUACGUGGUGGUCUAGAUCUAUCCCAGUAUCCUCAGUAACCAGAACUCUGGAAACAUUAGAGGAGAUUGUGUUGUUUUUCGGCAGUAUGCCUAACCUUGAGAAGCAGUUUGACCAGGUAUUAGCUAUUGGCCUACGGGAAAGCUUUGAGAAAAUUCAUGAGCUUCAAGGCAAAUUCUGCACCUCUUGGUUAGAGAUGCAUGAUUCAUAUGAAGUCUUGGUACAGAUUUUGGAACCCCUGGUUGAGUGUCUGGAGAAAAUCCAGAGCAAUAAACCACAGAGGUGGAAAGCAGCAGUGUCCAUUAGAGCCAAGGCUCUUCUCCAGUUGAUACGGGAUUUUGAUUUUAUUGUGUCCUUGGUUGUCCUGAAGAAUGCUUCGUCUUUUACCAGAGAACUCAGUGCUGGGCUUCAGAAAGACCAUUUCAGUGCUGCCUCCCAGCUCUGCCAGAUCAACGGUAUUGUAGCCACGCUCAACCGGCUCAAAACCAACAUAAAGGUUUUUCAUCAAAACUGGUUCGAUGAAGCAUGUGCUUAUGCCCAGAGCCUGGCCGUGCAGAUCAAAGUACCUGAUGGUGCCGCUGUACCAAGGGACAGCCUACUGAAACCAGGGCCAUACUAUAAAGAUACACUCAGCGUACCCUUAGUAGACCACCUUAUCAAUUCCGUGAAAGACCAUUUCUCUGAUGACCACAAGGAGGCACUGAACUUCUUAUCCUUGGUCCCAUGCUCUGUGACAGUGAGCUACAUGUUUGAGAGCUUGAAGUCAAAGGCACCACUUUACAUCAGUGAUCUUCCCGACCCAGAUAACUUUUUUACAGAGUUAUGCUGCUGGAGGGUGAAGUGGAAGACCAGGGUGGUUUCUGUGACAAUACCAGACACUAUAUUCCAGACCCUCCGCCUACCUGUCAUGCAGUACUUUGGAAACAUUAAAACAUUGCUAAAGAUUAUGUGUGUGUUGCCAAGCACAGCUUUGGAGUACUGUGGAGAGUCCAAGCACCAUAAAAUGUUUCAGGACUACUUGAGGAACACCAGUGCCAAGGACAGGUGUCCGUGUUUGGCCAUGCUGCAGGUGGGGACCAACUUCAACACUGAUCUGGACAAGAUGGUGGCCCAGUGCCUGAAAAUUACCCCAAAGACUCUGGAAGGCAUUUGCCUUGAUAAAGAAUCCAAAAGUCUCAUGAAGAACUCUGAAAAGAUGGAGGGAGUUGACAACCACCAAGAUGAUGGAGAGGGCAUGGAUAUUCAGCAGUCGUCUGAUGUACUGGACAGGCAGCAGAUGAAAGCUAUUGAUGAAAAUGGACAUUCAGGAGACAACCUCUUAAGUGUUGAGAGAGUGUUCAGACAAGCAGCCAGACUUGCCAGGAGGAACUGUACAAUCUCCCAGCUUCCCAAGGAAGAGCAGGACCUUCUUAAUCAGGACCUCAGCAUGUGUCACUGGGCACAGGGAGAUUUCACAUGCCCUUCAGAGGGUGAAAUUCUUGAAGCGGUUGUCAAGUCUAUCAGGGAAGCCAUCCUCAACGAGGUUGAAGAGUCCCCAUUCUUCUCCAUUAUCACUGAUACAUUUGUCUCAGUGGCUGAUAAGAAGUAUCUACCUGUGUUUGUCAGAUAUGUGAGAGAUUGCACCCCUAGGGUGGAGCUUAUUGGUUUUUUGCCCUUGGAUGAAAGUGCUGAUGCAGACUCUCACGCUAAGACUCUCUCAGCCAUUCUCACAAACGAAUGGGGCCUUCAGAUGAGUUACUGCCGAGGGCAAGCCUUCAUGUGUAUGGGCACAGAGAGUCAGUCCCUCAGGAAAAUGUCCCUUGGCUUCUUAGAGAGCCAUCCACUUGCUGUCAACACACCUAGUGAAUCUUGUGGCCUUGCAUAUUGGCUAGCUGGAAAUCUGCAGUGUGCCCCUAUCUCGAAAAUCCUUGGAAUCAUUGAGGACCUGCUCUUGUUCUUUGACGAGUCCCCCAGCCUGGAGAGCAAGCUUGAACUGACCGUGGAUGGGUUACUGAAUACUCCAAGAGAAGCUUUGGCAGAGAUACCAGAAACCUGUUUGUCCAGGUGGAGGAAAAGAGAGGACUUUUUUGAUGUUCUAGUGGACAUGAUAGAAGGAGUCCUGAGCUGCUUGGAUUCAGUGAGUGCUAAUGAAUUUGGUUUGUGGAGCAGCAGCAUGUCACUGCAUGCCCGCAUCCUCUCUGUGGUCAUCAGGGAAACUGAUUUUGUUGUUCCUCUUGUGAUCCUGAAGAAUGCAUGUGCCCCACUGAGGAACUGUAGCACUGUCUUUCGUUGUGGUAACCCUGCUGAUAUUAUUUGUGAGCUGGAGAAGAUCACCCCAAUCAUAGAAUCUCUAAACAAAUUGCUGGAAAACAUCAAUGUGGUGCAUUCACCUUGGUUUGAAGAAGCAGUUCAGCUUGCUUCCAAGGUGGCCCCCGGACCAGUGUCUUACUCAGAGAUGUCCAAAAGCUGUGAGUCACCUGAGGUGUACUACAGGGACACGAUUACCGUGCCUGUCCUGAAGAACCUGAUUGUGGAAAUGAGGUACAAUUUCUCCGAGUCUCACCUGAAAGCCCUCAAGCUGCUGUCGCUGCUCCCAACUUGUAAUCCGCAGCCAAUCCUUCCAGAAUCCACGGAUAAACUACAUGGUAUCUACCAAAGUGAUCUGCCUGAGCCAGACACAGCUGAGCUUGACAUAAACAACUGGGCAUCAGUGUGGAAGGAGAAAUACCAAGACACCUCACCACCUGCCUCUAUCUCUGAAACGCUGCUCCACCCUGAAGCGCAGAAUCACCCAAAUGUAACGGCAUUAUUGAAGCUGGUGGCAGUACUGCCAAGCGUGAGCAUGGAAUGUGACCUUAUGAAAACCACCCUCAACUCCCUGAAGUCUCUUCUCAGGGAAUCUGUCUGCAGGGGUUCGAAGAUGGAUUCGGUCAUGCUCCUCAUGCAUCAACAAAUGUUUGAGGCUCUUGAAGAAGUGAUUGAGAAAUGUAUAGAGAAUGAUCAAGAGAGCCACAAGUUUUUAACUCAGGUGAAGGAGAGCCUCUCUUAUCUUCUGAUAAGAGAGAGUGAGGUGAGCUCUUUCCUGCUGUCUCUUUCUUCAGAGGUGAGUACUGAGGAAACAAAUGACAACAGUAUCCCAGAAGAGGAAGCUACGGAGCACAAAGCAGCUGACCCUAAAGCACAGGAUGGGACUUUGGUUCGUAAAGAAGUCAUGUCUUUCUAUGACUCUCCUGCCCGAGAGGAAAUCCUCAAGGAACUUUGGGAAUCGCAGUUCUUUACGAUAAUAACUGAGCAGGAGGUGGACAUCGAAGACCAGUUGUACAUCCCCAUCAGCAUACGCUAUCUGGACAAACAACAGAAUCAAUGUGAGGAGACCGUAGCCUUUAUUCCGCUCGGCAAAGACCACUCUGAAUUUGUGAACGCGUUGGAAAUGGCUCUGUCGGAAAAAUGGGGCUUAAAUAUGGAAUACUGUCGGGGUCAGACCUCACUAAGCGUGGGUUCUGUGGGUUCACAGAUGAGGUCUGUGUCUACCUUGUUUUCACAGAAACACCCUCAGGCUGUUUACGCUUUCAGUUCCGCCGUGUCCCUCAACGUGUGGCUGGCCAGAUCCUCCAAAACCGCCACGAUAGCCGACAACAUCUCUUGGGUGGAAAAGUUGCUCCGUUGGUUCACCGAGGACGCGCAACGACAGGCCAAGCUGGAGGACACGGUUAUGUUGCUUUUCCAACACGACGAAGGGAAAGGAAAUGAACUGAGGGACAGGCUGAAUAACAACCGUUUGCACAGGAGCCAUGACAUGCUGGAGCUGCUGAUAGAGCUGCUAGAAGCCAUCCUGCUGUGUCUGAAUGAGAUGAAGAGACCCCAAGAGAACCACACAGGGAGAAGACAGGCGCAACGAUUUUACUCCCUUUUGCAAAAUUUUGAAUUUAUUGUAACUGUAGUGGUAGUUAAAAACAUCUUGAGUCUCACUAAAAACCUAAGUCAAAAUCUUCAGGGUAAACCUCUCGAUGCGUUGCAAGCCGUAAACGCCCUUCCUGACCUCCUGUCCUCCCUCAGCGAAAUAAGAAGUAACAUUGAGUCGAAUCACCAAGCGUGGUUUGAAGAGGCGUUGAAAUUGGCGUCAAAGCUGCAGAUCAGAUUGCUGCACCCCGCGUUGCUGGAGUCGCUCAGCGUGCACUACAGAGGGUUCCUCAGUGAGCCGGCAUUGGACCACGUCGUUUCUGAGGUGAAGGAGCUCUUCUCCGACCACGUCCUCGCCGCCCUGCGCUGCAUGGAGGUUGUGCCUUACGUCUUGUCCAAAACGGAGGGAUGCUGCAAAGAUGUGAAUUUUGUCCAGAUAUACCAGGAUGACCUGCCUAACCUCAAUUCUCUGGACGAAGAGUUGCAGAAAUGGAGAGAGAAGUGGCUGGAUCCGAUGACGGCUCAUUUGUAUCUUCCCAGCACGGUGCUGGACACGCUCAAAGCCUCAGACGUCAGGUCCUUCCCCAACAUCGAAACUCUCCUCAGGCUACUCGUGGUCUUACCCUGCACCAGGAGGGAGAGCACGUUCAAGCAGGGCAAGAGGAGUCUGCAAGAGUUCAUCCAACAACCAAAAAGAUGCCUGACUGAGUUGCAUCCUCUGUAGAAGGCUGGUGUCAGCAUCCCCUGCUUUCCAUUAGGGUGUCAUUUACUGCUGAUGUCCAUUUUGAUGACCCGCUGUAUCGUCUUUACUGUAGUUCAGAUCUGACCUUAGAUUUCAGUAUGC